UCUAUUUCCCCACAAUCUCAAGGCCUGUGUCCCUUUUUUUUUUCUUCUCCUUCUCUUUCUGAAGCUGUGGAUAUCUGCAGAUGAUUCUUGCGAAGAUCUUUACAGUUUAUAUGGAUUCAAAGCAAAUCUCUUUGAUGGUAAAAAUUGAGUCUUUUUUGCUGUGAUGACUGGUGAGCAUCGUUUAGGGUAUCUAUUUGGGGGCUUUUUGUAUAUGGGGUUGUUGUGAAGUGAUUUUACUGAUUUUUGGGGCCUUUGGAGGCUGCAUAUAGGAAUUAAACUUGAAUUGUUAUAAAAUUAGAGGGCAUAAGGCUUGAAGGAUGGGAGAAGACUUGCUUACAGGGCUGUCAAUUGAGAAUUACCACCCUUCAACAAUCUUGUCCAUGGAUUCAAUUGCCACCUCUCAUGAAGAAUCGGAGAGAGAUAUGACUCGGCAUAUUGUUCUGUCUUGCCCACCAGAUAUUAAUCUCCCUUUGUCUGUGGAACCUAGUCCCCCACCUCCAUCUUGGAACCAUGAAGCUUUUGAUAUGCUGGAGGUUGGGUUGGGACCUCAAAUUAUUGACUCGGAUAAACUUCUUGAUAUACCGAAGGUUGGGAGGAAAUGCGCGAAAAGACUGGAUUGUGUAUGGGGUGCUUGGUUUUUCUUUAGUUUCUACUUCAAACCUGUUUUGAAGGAGAAAUCUAAGUCGAACAUUGUUAGGGACAGUAAUGGGGUUUCUGGCUUUGAUAAGUCGGAUCUCCAGCUUGAUGCCUUUUUGGUUCAGCAUGAUAUGGAGAACAUGUAUAUGUGGGUUUUUAAGGAAAGGCCUGAAAAUGCUUUGGGGAAGAUGCAGUUGAGGAAUUAUAUGAACGGGCAUUCCCGGCAGGGGGAGCGGCCAUUCCCGUUUAGUACGGAUAAGGGGUUUGUGCGUUCUCACAAAAUGCAGCGUAAGCAUUAUAAGGGAAUUUCUAAUCCUCAAUGUCUUCACGGGAUUGAACUGGUUCCGUCGCCAAAUCUGUCGUGUAUUGACGAGGAAGAGCGGAAGAAGUGGAUGGAGCUUACGGGUAGAGAUCUCAACUUUUGCGUCCCAUCUGAAGCAAGAGAUUUCUGUUCGUGGAGAAACCUUCCAAAUACAGAUUUCGAGCUCGAGAGACCAAUCCCCGCGCCAAAGAACAAUGCGCAUCCUCCCUCGAAAAAGUUACUUAGCGGGUCUGGGAUGAACUUGUCGACACAGUCAUCAAACCAUGUUAACAGCAACGGGUUGGAUCUUUCUUCAGGUUGCGGGAAGAAAAGGAAAGACCUUUUCUCACAUGGAAGUGACGAGGAGUGCUACUUGCCUGCUAUUCCCGGUUCCGAAAGGCCUCAAGAUGCAGGAGACGUUCAUUCCAUCGAGCGGCCUUGGAUGAGCGAGUUUUCUGGGGUAAUGAGAAACGUUUACGGUCCCGUCACGGCUGCAAAAACGAUAUACGAGGACGAAAAUGGAUACUUGAUUAUCAUCACUUUACCAUUCGCAGAUCCCGGGAGGGUUAAAGUUCAUUGGUGGAACAAUCUCACUCAUGGCGUCGUGAAGAUUUCGUCCGUGAGCACAGCAUGCAUGCCGUUUAUCCAGAGAAACGACAGAAUGUUUAAGCUAACCGAUCCAUCUCCAGAGCACUGCCCUCCCGGGGAGUUCAAACGGGAAAUUCCACUCCCCACCCGAAUCCCCGACGAUGCCAAACUAGAAGCAUACUUUGACAAGAGCGGAACGGUGCUUGAAAUAAAAGUGCCAAAACACCGAGUUGGCCCAGAAGAGCACGAAGUUCCUGUUUGCCUUCGCCCUCCAAACGAGUUUGUCUUGACUUAACCAUUUUAAAAGAUUGGAGAAACACAAGAACUAUUUAAAAGAUUGGAGAAACACAAGGAAUUGGUAAAGGCAACUUCUAUUCAAUUCGACGACAAGGUAAAAGAAGGGAAUCGGGGAUGUAUGCAGGUCAAGGUUCUUAGCCGUAUUGACUAGAUAGGUUAUUUAAUUUGGAUCAUACUGAUUAUAUCGGGUUUUUGUCCUUUUGGCAUUGUGAUAGCUUUUUAGUCAAUAGCUCCCAAUCUUAGGAUUUAGUCGAUGUGUUAGAGCCAAUUGUAAGAACCCUGCAGUUUCUCUCUGGCUAUAGAUCAGCUAUUCAGCAUACAUAAUGCCUGCCUUGUUAUCUAUCUCUUCAUUACCUGCUUAACCUUUUGAUCUCUUUCUUCCAUUCAUGAGAUGAUAGGUAAAUAUUGUUAUA